UUUGGACGUUCGUGGACCCCGUAGGCAACUGCGAAGUUGAAAUGUACGUUUUAUUUCCUCAUUUAGUGUGGUCAAGUCGACGGAACGUAACAAGGUUGUAGCCUGCGUAAUAUUUUUAUUAUUUGUAAUUAUUGUUUAUAUUUGUUUUGUAUAACUCAUAUGAUAUGGACGUUACAAGUGAUCCGCCGUUUAAUAGAUUUACUCAGCCCCCUUUCCGUGUGCCCAAGUUGGCCGGUCUGGGGCAAAUUACCGAACAUGUGUUUCUCAGCAACAGCAAGGCAGCGAACAAUGGAGCUUUGAUAACAGCCCUUAACAUCACCUGCAUCAUUAACGCCACCAAGAAAGCGACGGAGACCCCUGUACCCGCUGUGGAUUACGUGUGGGUGCCCGUGGCUGACUGUCCCGAUGCGCCGUUGAGCGCCCAUUUCGAGGUAGUGGCGGAGCGGAUCCGCGCAGAAACAGCGCGCUCUGGCCGCACUCUGGUAUACUGCAAUGCCGGCGUGAGCCGCUCGGCAGCGCUCUGCCUCGCCUAUCUCGUCAGGUACGGUGGAAUGACGCUAGCAGAGGCACACAGAUGGGUCAAGGCACGGCGGCCCAUCGUGAGGCCCAACCCCGGCUUCUGGAAGCAGCUCAUCAAAUAUGAGCAUGAGGUUCAUGGAAGAUCCACUGUGGAGAUCAUCCAGUCCGCUGUGGGUGAAAUACCAGAUGUGUACGAGCAAGAGACCAAAGACCUGAUACCCUGCUGAAGUGUCCACUGACCCACACUGGGUGACUGGUCUUUGCUGUCAUACCCAUCAGAGGCUGUGAUGUUUAUGGAGCACACAAAUACAUACAUAUAAAGCACAGUCAUUUAU